CCCGGAAGCAGCGGCGGGCCGGGCCGGGCCGGGCGGGCUGCCGGGCCGAGCGCCGCGCUGGGGCUGCGGUAGCGGCGGGAUGAGCCGUGCGGAGUGAGGGGAGCCCUCUCCCGCCCUCUCGCUCGCUCCGGCCCUCUCUCUGCCCCUCCGCCCCGCCCGGCUCCGCUCUGGCUUCAGGCCCCUUCUCUCUGCGCUGCGGCGGGCGGAGGCGGCGGAAGGAGAAGCCCAUGGAGGGGAACCGGGACGAGGCCGAGAAGUGCAUCGGGAUCGCGCGGGAGGCGCUGGAGGCCGGCAACCGCGACCGCGCCCUCCGCUUCCUUGGCAAGGCCCAGAAGCUCUACCCGACCGAGACCGCCCGAGUUUUGUUGGAAGCUAUUAUGAAGAAUGGAAGUACUGCUGGGGGAGGCGCUUACUGCCGAAAACCAGCCAGUAGCAAUGAUCAAAGUAAGCCCAGUAGCACGAAGGAGAGCAAUGCAUCUGCUGCAGGUGAAAGUGGAAAAGGCUACACCAAAGACCAAAUGGAAGGAGUAUUCAGUAUAAAGAAAUGUAAAAAUUAUUAUGAAGUCCUUGGGGUAUCAAAGGAUGCAGGAGAAGAAGACCUGAAGAAGGCUUAUAGAAAACUUGCUUUGAAAUUCCACCCAGACAAAAACCAUGCACCCGGAGCAACAGAGGCUUUUAAAAAAAUCGGAAAUGCAUAUGCUGUGCUGAGUAACCCAGAGAAACGAAAGCAGUAUGACCUUACAGGCAGUGAAGAGCAAACAUGCACUCACCCUAGCAACGGUAGAUUCAACUUCCACAGAGGCUGUGAGGCAGAUAUUACUCCAGAGGAUCUAUUCAACAUGUUUUUUGGAGGGGCCUUUCCAACAGGUAGUGUACAUUCAUUCUCUAAUGGUCGUGCUGGCUACAGUCAUCCUAAUCAGCACCGUCAGAGUGGACAUGAAAGAGAGGAAGAAAGGGGUGAUGGAGGUUUCUCUAUGUUCAUUCAGCUGAUGCCUAUUAUUGUGUUGAUCCUUGUCUCCUUGUUGAGCCAGUUGAUGGUAUCUAACCCUCCUUAUGCCUUAUACCCAAGAACAAGUACAGGGCAGACCAUAAAAAUGCAGACAGAAAAUUUAGGUGUUGUUUAUUAUGUCAACAAGGACUUCAAAAAUGAAUACAAAGGAGCGUCAUUACAGAAAGUGGAAAAGAGUGUGGAAGAGGAUUAUGUAACCAACAUUCGUAAUAACUGUUGGAAGGAGAGGCAACAAAAAACAGAUUUACUUUAUGCAGCAAAGGUAUAUCGAGAUGACCGUCUCCGAAAGAAAGCAGAGUCCAUGUCCAUGGACAACUGCAAAGAACUGGAGCGGCUGACCAGCCUCUACCGAGGAGGCUGAACUGCAGUUACACACGUACAUCUUUACUUAUGCUGUUAUCUCUCCUGUAAAUUGAGAAGAGAUUUAGUUUCACCAUGAAUGCUGGAAAAGAAGGGUUGGAUGUAAAACUCUACUGUGUAGCUGUUUCCAGAAACCUUAUGCUGAAAUAUCAUUUAAUGGCUUCUUUACCUCCUGUGAAAUAUGGUAACUUUAAUUGUCUAGAUUUUACUUCAAAGCUUCUGUGAAUUCUUUCAGCAGAGAGAAUAGCUCAGAAAGGAUGCUAUACUUGUAGAGACUUAGUCAUAGUGGUUCUCCUCUUAACAUAUUUGCCAUGUAAAUAUCUGUGGAAAGAACACUUUGUGUAUAUACGAGUUAAAUGACUUUCUAUUUAAAAAUCUCAGAAAUUUAGUUCCAUACAACAUUUUGUCUCACUGAUGGAAUAAAUAGUAUGAUUACAUCACUCCUA